AUGUGUAACCCUCACCAAAAAUUGUUGUUUCAGAUGGUCUGGUGCCGGUUACUGGGUCUGGCCACCCUGGUCACAUUUGUGACAUCAGCGGCACAAAAGACAGAUGAUCUGGAAUGUAUGUUCCUUGGCUAUCCAGAUCUGGAAUAUGACGGAUUUGAUAGAACAGAAGUGUUGACAGAGAAGAACUUCAACAAGACUGUCUUUGCUGAAGAUGCAAAGUCCGUCGUGUUCUUCAACGAUGUCGAAGAAGACGAUCCAGAAUUGGACCAAUACGAGUGUUUCAUGCAGCUUUCCGCACAGAUCAUGACAAAACGCGGGUACAAUUUCUUCACUGUGAAUACUACAAAGGAAGUGAAGCUUAGGAAACAAGAGGAGGUAGAUAAAGGCGAGGACACGAUUCAUGUUUACAAGGACGGCUUCAAGAUCGAGUAUCACGGUGUCCGCGAUCCAGAAACGUUCGUUGGAUGGAUGAUGGAUAUCCCCGAUGAUCCGGUCACCAUCAUCAACGACGAGCACGAUUUGGAAGAGUUUGAAGAUCUUGAAGAUGAAGUUGUAAGAAUCAUUGGAUAUUUCGAGCCCGGUUCUGCAGCUCUGAAAGAGUUCGAGGAGGCCGCCGAAGACUUUAUGGGCGAAAUCGAGUUCUUCGCUGUUGUCACCUCAAAGUGGGCUCGUAAGGUUGGACUAAAACGGGUUGGCGAAGUGCAGAUGCUUCGACCAUUCGAAGAAGAUCCACUUUUUGCUCCAUCAUCUGCUGAUACAGAAGAAGAAUUCGAGGAUUGGGUCGAGAAGCAUAGAGAGCCUGUGAUGCAAAAGUUAACUCUCGAGAAUUAUUUCAACGUUUGGAAGGAUCCAGAAGAAGAUGAGCGUCUGAUUCUCGCGUUCGUCGACGAGGAAACCCGUGAGGGACGUGCCAUGAAGAAACUUCUUGACAAAAUUGCUGACGAAAACGCUGAACAUGCUGGUACCCUGGAAAUCGUACUGAUCGAUCCUGAUGAGUUCCCAUUGAUGGUUGAUGUAUGGGAAGAUAUGUUCGGUAUCGACAUCGAAGAAGGCCCACAAAUCGGUCUCGUUGACAUUUCUGAGGUUAGUAUGACGAGACUUCUCUAG